AUGGAACAUUUGAAAGUGCAUGUACGCCAUAUCAUGUUGUGGAAGUUUAAACUCGGCAAUAACGCUACAGAAACAGCAAAAAAGAUUUGCAAUGUCUACGGCAAUGGUGUAAUUUCAGACAAAGCAGUUCGAAAAUGGUUUACAAAAUUUCGUUCUGGUGAUUUCUCCUUAAAAGAUGAUGAAAGACCAGGCCGCUCCUCAGACUUCGAUGAUGUUUUAAAGGUCUUGAUUGAGCAGAAUCCACGGCAAACGACGAGGGAGUUAGCAGAGAAGCUGCACAGAUCCCAAUCAACUAUCAAUCGUCACCUCCAAAAGAUAGGAAAAGUAAGCAAGCUGGGAGUUUGGGUUCCACAUAACCUCAGUGAACUGAAUAAGGCUGACAGAAGGUCGACAGCUGCUACCUUGCUUUCUUGGCAAAAAAAGGAAUCAUUUUUGGCUAAAAUUGUUAUGGGAGAUGAAAAGUGGAUCACAUACAAAAAUGUUAUUCGAAAAAGACAAUGGGUUGACAAAAAUGAAUAG